AUGUCGCUCGCUUCUGCGUCGUCAAAACAGCCGCCACUCGACACCCUGAUCGAGGAAGAGCGCAAGGAUGAUUACGACCCUCGACAUUUUUUCCCCGUGAAUCCGGGGCAGGUCUUUUGUGACACCUAUCGAGUAGUCACAAAGCUAGGGUAUGGCGGGAGUUCAACUGUGUGGCUAGCUAAAGAUAUUCGUCGGUAUGUGUCGUCAGCAACUUGGACGCCGCUUGUAUUAAACUUGUGCAGACGACCGUGGCAAUCUACACGCUAUGUAGCAUUGAAAAUAUGUACCAACAAUCAUGCCGACCAAACAUCCGCUAGCCAUGAGUUGCAAAUUUCCCAAGUUAUUGCAACUGCAAAUCCAUCGCAUCCGGGUAGGCAAUUCGUACGAAUAAUAGUUGAUUCGUUUGAGGCUAAGGGACCACAUGGAUCGCAUAUGUGCCUCGUCUACGAGCCCAUGCGGGAACCUAUCUGGCUGCUUCAGCAGCGUUUCAAUGAUGGCCGGUAUUCGUCGGAUCUUCUAAAUUUGACACUCCAGUAUCUCUUGUCCGGGAUAGACUAUCUCCAUUCCGAAUGUCACAUCAUUCACACCGAUAUAAAGCCGGAGAAUAUUCUAAUCAGGCUUGAGAAUUCAUCAGUGCUCGACGACGUUGCCAAGGGUGAAGCUGAGAAGCCAUCUCUCCGGAAGGUUCUCGAUGAUAGGAUAGUAUACCUUUCGAGAAACAACUUUGGACACCCCAAGUCAAGCCCCGGGAAACCACCCAAUCCAUACCGUUCACCGGAAGUCACUCUGGGUGCACCUUGGACGUACAGCGCAGAUGUAUGGAACUUCGGUGUGAUGAUAUGGGAUCUGUUGGAAGGCAAAAAGUUGUGCGACGGGUUUGAUCCUGAAUACAAUAAGUAUACCAGCCGUGCACAUCUUGCACAACUAAUAGCACUCUGUGGAUGUCCCCCUAAAGAGCUGCUUGACCGAGGGAAAUUGACCUCCCGAUGGUUCGAAUCUAAUGGCGUAUUCAAGCGCCAGAACCUGAUUCCACAAGGUAUCACCCUUGAAAACUCGAUCAACAACAUGGAAGGCGAAGAUAAGAAACUGUUUAUCGAGUUCGUUCGCAAAAUGCUCCAGUGGCUGCCGGAAAAUAGAAGCACAGCCAAGGAGUUGCUUGUGGACCCUUGGCUUAAUCAUUUUAGUUGA